AUGUCGGGACCUACACAGGGAUAUCCAAAGAGUCAGGCCAGCGUUCCACCCAAGGUGAGCCCCGAACCCCCCGCUGUGGUCGUAGCUCGUAUCUUACCUGGGCGAUUUUGUAGCCGACGGGCCACGAUCAACGGCCGAUUUGGAGCCGCAUGGCCAAUACGACCAAGCGCUUCAUCAAGCGUGAUCCCCAGCUCGCACCUCUUGCUGUAUUCACUCGGAACCGUCGGCCUAUUUCUGUACUUCCACCAGUCGAAGGCGCGAGACACUCCGGUGGGCAAAGCUUUGCACGCGCCGGUUAAGCCCAACACCCACGGCGUUGCUUCGAGCCAGCCAGGUGCUCGACAGGCAGCUUACCAUGCCGAACCACACUCGCCACGCGGACUCGCUCCGUACGUCUUGCCGCAUCUGAGCGAGGCGGAAAAGGCGGAGCUGGAAAUCGUGCCCGUGCCUCGUCACGUCGGCACGUUCGGCAAGACGAUGAAGCAAGCUGCGGUGCUCGAUCGGAAGGGGCACCAGGAGUCCAUCGAUGCAGCGCGAGACAAGGCACGUAACGAGAUGCCUGUGCGCGACCAGUCGACUUGA